CAGGGAGAGGACUGUCACUACCAAUUCGGGACUUCAUUCUCCUCACUUUCUCAUCACAGUCACUUGUGAAUACUUGACGCUGCAGCUCGCACACGGCCCUGUCAUCACUUCUUGACUGUGCUUCCACAGAGGCCAACUUGGACUGGACUGAACUGAGGGGAACCGCCCUCCGAAACCGCCAUGUGGCUCUGGGCACUGUGGAGCAUAAUUGUGUUGCUGAUUCCACCGGAAGCUGCAGAAAAGGAAGACGAUAUCCGAGCAGGCUGCAGCACCGCAGUCAAUGACUUGGUCUUUAUUGUCGAUGGCUCGUGGAGUGUUGGCGUGGCUGAUUUCGAAACGGCCAAGCAAUGGCUCAUCAACAUCACCAGCCAGUUUGACAUCAGUUCCCACUAUACCCAGGUUGCUGUGAUCCAGUACAGUGACACUCAUCGUCUGGAGAUCCCACUGGGAAAACAACAAAGCGCCGCGGAACUCAUUAAAGCCAUAAGAGGCAUCACGUACAUGGGAGGAAACACACAGACUGGCAGAGCCAUCAAAUUUGCCGUGGACCAUGUUUUCUCAACAUCGCAGCGAGCCAACCAAGUCAAGAACCGCAUUGCUGUUGUGGUCACAGAUGGCAAAUCCCAAGAUGACGUCGUGGAUGCCAGCAUCGAGGCGCGAGCUCAAAGCAUAACAGUAUUUGCAGUGGGAGUUGGGAGUGAGAUCACCAACUCGGAGCUAAUCUCGAUCGCUAACAAACCAUCUUCCACCUAUGUCCUGUACGCUGAAGAUUACACCACCAUUGACCGUAUUCGAGACUCCAUGGAACAGAAGCUGUGCGAAGAGUCCGUGUGUCCCACAAGAAUUCCAGUGGCGUCUCGUGAUGAGAAAGGCUUCGAGAUGAUGGUGGGCAUGAACAUUGAGAAAAAAGGCAAGAAAAUUAACGGGUCUCUGGUGUCGGAGACGGCCUUUGCUCUGACUACCUCGACUGACAUCACUGAGGACACCAGAGAGAUUUUCCCAGAGGGCCUUCCUCCAUCCUACGUAUUUGUAGCCACCGUUCGUCUAAAAGGGAUUACCAAAGAGUUGAACUUUGACCUUUGGAGGGUGCUAUCAAAGGACAAGAAGAUCCAGGCUGCAGUGACACUGAAUGGAAAGGACAAAACUGUCACCUUUACCGCGACUAAAAUGACCAACAAGGAGCAGAGGAUUGUCUUCGAUAUGGGAUUCGAGGCUCUUUAUGAUGGGAUGUGGCAUCAACUUAAACUCCUGGUGAGACCCAGCCAGGUCACCAGCUUCCUUGACGAUCAACAGAUUCAGGAAAUAACACCGGAGCCAAUGGAGCCCAUUUACAUCAAUGGGAAGACACAGGUGGCAAAGAGGCGUGGAACAGAUGUCACAGUCCCUAUGCAAAUCCAGAAACUGCGUCUGUACUGUGAUCCUCUUCAGAGUGAGAGAGAGACAGCUUGUGAGAUCUUCUCUGUGGAUGAUGAAAGGUGUCCUCUGAAUCGAAAAGCCACAAUUACAGAAGUGGACGACUCCUAUGGUGUAGUUGGACCCCCUGGGCAGCGCGGCCCGCAAGGACGCACGGGGGACAAAGGAGAAGCCGGAUUACCCGGAGCUGAUGGUAAGCCUGGUGAAACUGGGAAGCCUGGCCCUCCUGGAAAUCUGGGGCAGAAGGGUGUGGAUGGCUCUCCAGGACCAAGAGGACUUCCUGGUUUGAAGGGUGACAGCGGGAUGCCGGGGUUACCAGGACCACAGGGUCAUCCAGGGGAGAGGGGUCAGCCGGGCCAUCCAGGAGAAGUGGGUUUAAAGGGUGAUCCUGGUGCUGUUGGAGAUCCAGGAGCCCCGGGUGUCCAGGGACCACCAGGAGAAGCCGGCCCACGUGGACCUCAGGGAGAGAAAGGGUUCCAAGGACCACCUGGGAUACAAGGACCACCGGGGAACUGCGCUGAUGCACGGGUUAAUACUUGUCUCGGUUCACCAGGGCAGAAGGGCUCAACAGGGGAGCCAGGUUUUCCAGGGCUGCCAGGUGCCCCAGGCCAUCCAGGGUACAAAGGUCAUUGGGGAGAAGUGGGAAAGCCUGGCCCAAAAGGAAAUAAGGGGGACCGAGGGGGAGAUGGCGAGCCGGGAACUCCAGCUAUACCUGGCCAAGUGGGACCCAGGGGAAGGGAAGGAGAGAAAGGUUUGAAAGGGGAUGAGGGCCCGAGGGGGCCUGAAGGAAAGAAAGGGGACAUGGGCCACAAUGGCCACAUGGGUGCCAUCGGUCCAAGGGGAUUUCCUGGCCUGGAUGGGUUGCCGGGUCAACCGGGUCAGCCCGGAUUUCCCGGAAAGCCGGGCAAGUCACCAUCAGAUGAGCAUCUUGUGAAGCUCUGCACUGAUGUCCUGCGCACUCAACUCCCGGCACUUCUCCAAACCAUGGAUCGAUCGGCGAGAUGUGAAUCCUGCCAUGCCGUGAAGGGACCCCCUGGCGAGACUGGUGCCCCGGGACCCAAAGGCUCAAUGGGAAUCCCAGGUUAUCCUGGCAGGACUGGCUCUGCAGGAUACCCAGGGACUCCUGGAGCGCAAGGUCCACCAGGCCUGAAAGGUGACGUAGGACCAAGAGGGUUCAAGGGCAGCAAAGGUGAAGGUCACCAUGGACGCCCGGGCGCACCCGGGCCGCUAGGGGCUCGAGGUCCUCGCGGAUUUGAUGGGAUCGGACAGCCGGGCAACCAGGGAAUUCCUGGGAAACCGGGACCCCCCGGAGAUCCUGGUAAAAGGGGUAAUCCAGGGACGCCGGGGAUAUGUGACUUAUCCGUGUGUUAUCAGACCUACAACCUAAGGGAACAUUACAGCAAAGGACCCAAUAUCUGAUGGCGUCCGCAGCAACGAGGGACACAAGUGCCGCUGGCUUUUUAACACCCGCACGUAUCCAGAGGCCAUUGACUGUAAUCACUGAUUCAUGUGCGACCGUUGACUCCCCCGCGCGAGCACGUUGCGCGCAGCACAGCCACACCGGAGGCAGAAAUAACCUCGGAAGUUGAGUCAAACUGAAAAGUGGUGGCGCAUGAUUCAGAGAGAACAGAAUUUGUGGUCCAAGUGUCAGCUGAGGGAGGUGUUCUGCCGUACAAAAUUCCGCUUUUCAGUCGGUGCAGGUUUAUGGGUUGCAAGUGCCAUCAAAACAGAGGAGCACCGAUGUUUCGGACUUAGUGGUGUUCCUUUUGAGUAACUUUGACAGAUGCGUAGCCGAUUGAAGGUUAGGCCAGUAGCGAUCUAAAGUGUUGUGUUAUUUCUGCCUCGAGCGCUUCAGUGCUGCCCCGCGAUAAUGAUUGUAUGAACCGUGCGGUCAUGUCUUGAAACGUGAAUCUAAAGAUGUUUUGUGAGGAUCAAUGUACAAAUCAAGUUCAUCGGGUUAGCUAACUGUAACUUCUUCCGAGACCCAAUAGAACAAGGAGACAUAUUAAAGCGAGGCCUGUCGGCAGAAAGGUUGGCACAAUGAGUUGACCAAAAUCUUUGCGCUCAUGCACCACCACAAGAAAACAAUCAAUAUGUAAAUUAAGUGUAGACUUUCAUCUUUAACAAAAAAAAAGGUAUUAACAUAUUACAAUCCAGUUGGGCCGACGACCUCCCCUUUCGGGGCCUCGAACUGAUUCCUUUUUCUUUCUACAAUUGUACAUUGGUAGCUCUUCAAUCAAGUGUGCUUGUUUUAUUUCACAUCCAUUGUAAUGGUAUAGAAACGGCAAAAUCUCGUUUGCGCUCAUUUUAAUCUGUCACUGUGACAAACAGGCCGCGGGAAAUCCUGUGACUGAUAUUUAUAUUGACUUGCUAAGCAAAACUGACGAAACGCGUGGAAUGUCCUCGCAUGGCUACAAAAGAACUUUUAAAAUCUCUCAUUUACCUCACCUACACUUUAGGAUCCAAGCAUUUACAUGUAUAAAUGUUGUUUUUUACUGUAUAUUUUCUUAUAUUUUAAAUAGAAGCCUGUUACCUGCUGGGAAGACAAAAAAAA